AUGAUCACCACCCCCCGAUCACAACCCCCUCCCCCAACCGGGAGGGUAACCUCAGGGACGCAGACCAGCAGGCCAAAUAGCCCUCUGGCCACCACUAAAGCUCAAACAAACGCGGCAGUGGGGCAGGCAACGCCCUGCCCCACGUGCAGCCACCUCCGGGACAACCCCACAUUAAUGGAAAUUGACCCCGCGGCCACCUCAAAGGCCAAAUCAAAAAAGAAGAAGGCCCGCAAGGCUACACAGCAAGGGCCUACCGCCCCACCCCCACUAAGACUGACACGAGCACACAAGGAGCCUCCACCCCAAGGGCCCCUGAACAGUGGACUGAAGUGGUAG